AUGUUGUCCUCAUCUACAACUGAACCGAAACUAGCAUUCACGUCUUUAUGUAUUUGGCCAGCAUAUGGUGCCUUACCUUCUUUCGAUCCUGAAUGUCUUUGUGUUCUUGCGCAUUUCGCUUUUUCUCGAUUAAAUGCUGAUAUUAGAACAAAUCUCGGUCGAUUUGCGUAUAUGAAAGAACAUUUACCACUUCUACUCGGUGAUAGUGAUAAAAUUUGUCUGGCAUCAGGUUACGAAGCUAUUGCUGAUCAUUGUAAAAAAUCGCAUAUCGAUAUUGAUGAACAAUUUUCAACAGAUACUGCCGAUCUACUUGCAUUAAAUGCACUUGUAAAAUCAGCAUUUGUACCAGCUGUUCUUGAUACAUUUUGGCUUGAUGAUACAUAUCGAACUGCAAUAAUAAAUAUUUAUGGUCGAUCACUGGGUGGGUUUCCAUUAGCAUUUAUUUAUGGAAAACAAACAACAGAAAGAAUUAAAAAUCAAUUUAGUAUUACUUACGGUGAUAAUAAUUUUGAGCAAACUCGAAAAACUAUAUUUGAAAAAGGCAAAAAAGUUUUAGAUCAUUUAACACUUCUAUUAGGAACAAAACCAUUUCUAUUCGGUGCUAGUCCGUCAAGUGUUGAUGCAUUUGUUUUUGGUUAUUUGGCUCCAUUAAUUCAUGGUCCAGCAUCCAAUAGUGGUCUCGCUCGUUAUGCAUCAAGUCGUAAAAAUCUUCGUGAUUUCGUGAAUCGAAUACUAACAGUCUAUCUUGGUCAUUUAGCGACAGAUAAUCAAACAACAGAUUCUGCACCAACAACAGUACCAAAAAAACCAACUGAAGAUCGUCUUCGAGAUAAACUCGCCGUGAUUGGUGUUGGUAUAUUAACCAUGUGUGCCUAUGCGUAUUUCUCCGGACUUAUUCGUAUUGAAAUUAGUCAAGUUGAAUGA